AUGGGUAAUUCAAAUUUAAAAUUGUAAGAAGAGAAGUACGAAAAUGUAAUGAAAAAAUUCAAAUUUAAAGAGUCUCUUCAACAUUCUUAACUUGGAAUGGUUAGAGUCUAUACUUUAAAAGAUGAUAAUGUAAAUUAAUCAACAAUUGAAUAGAAAUAUUCUAUAUUUGAAUUUCAUAAGACAGCUACAACCUCAGAGGAAGCCAAACUCAUGUUAGCACAUUAUAAAAAUAGAAAAAGUUACAAUAAUGAUUAUCUUACAUAAAUCUUUUUUAUUUCUGAACAGCAUAAUUAAAUACUCUGUUAAGAUCAAACAUAAUUUAUCAUAAUAGGUGAACAUUUUUAUAAUAACAUUUAAAAUGAAAUGAAAAAUUACCUAUCUAAAAAUUAUUCUAAUACUUCCUAAUAAUUUUCAGAAACUAGAUUAUGGUAAAUAGUUUUUUAAAUUGUGAAUGCUUGUACUUAUCUAGAAAAGAAUGGAAGAAAUCAUGGAGAAAUUAAAUCUAAAAAUAUAUAUUUGCAUCCAGAUUAAAGUGUAAAACUGAUUGUAUAUAAAUCAAAUAUAAAUAUAGGAAUAUAAUUUUAUUUAUGGAAGUAUGAAUGGAUAUUAGAAAGCAUUACUUUUAAAUGAUUUUUAAUAUUUAUCUCCAGAAUUAUUGAAAGAAGUAAGAGCUAAGAAUUCAUCACCUAAUGUUGAUUUUAUUAAGGGUGAUGUUUUUGCUUUAGGAUUAGUUCUUUUAGAAUUAGCCAGUCUAAGUUCAUGUGAAUAAUAUUAUGAUUGGGUUAGUAAAGAGGUUCAUAUAGAUAAAAUCAUUAAAGCAAAUGAUCUAUUAUUGUAAAGAGGAUACUCUACCCUUUUUACUAACUUAAUUUAUUAGAUGAUCUCUGAAGUUGCAAUCAGACCAAGAUUCACUGAUUUAAACGAAGUGUUAUCUCAUUUUGAAAAUGAAAUUAAUAACAAUGUUGAUUUCUAUUCUAAAUAUUAAAUGAGAUAGAGUCAUUAAUUUAAUAUUUAAAACUCUAUAUACACUUAGCCAUAUUAAAGACCUGGACAUAUCAAUUAAGCCUAAUCCAUAUAUUUGCCAAAUGGAUCAUUUUGA